GUGGGACACAGUGCGCUGUUCGGUCUGCACCGCGUAAGGAGCACGGCAACGCUGCGGUGGCUGGGCGCUGUGCCGCGGCGGCGAGGCCAGGAUAAGAAAAGAGGCGGCGCGCCUCCCGCGCGCGAAGAAAACAAGGCGCCGGGGCUUGGGGAGAAAAAAAGACGGCGCCUCCCUGGCGCGGCGCGCGUGGCUUGGAAACCGAGCGUCGAAGGCAGCCUGUCGCCGCUUGCCUCUUCGGUCGUCGUCGUCGUCGUCUGCUUGCGCGCCCUGGACGAAGACAACGCCUAGGCCGGCUUCUCGGGAGCUGGCAUCGACUGACUGUCUGCACACCCAAGCGCCCCGGGACCUCGGUCGCAUUUGUCUUCGCAGGACCGGCGCUACCGCCGCAUGAUGAGUUCCUUGGGUGAGACAAUGAGGCCACCGGCAACCUCGGAGCUACCACAGGAGGUGUCCUGCUGGCGAGCCUCCAAGCCGCACACUUGAAUCAUAUGGGCCAGGCCAAGUCGCCUGGAGCACCCGUGACACACCAUGAACCGUCCAAGCUCUGCAGUUAGCGCGACUACAGCGCCAGCACCUGAGCAAUCCAGGAAGGCGCUCACGAGAUUGGACCAGCUUGUGGUAUUUUUACUCUCGUGCUGCUACGCGUUGUGCAACAACGCUACCGGUGAGACAUCGUGGGACGUUCAGUGCCCCGUGGUGUGCAAGUGCAGCGUCGAACCAUCGAUGAACAUGGGCAUGAACCUGCGAACAGCCAACUGCUCGGGCCGCGGACUGAGGACGGUGCCUGUAGGCCUUCCAUCUGACACGCAGGCUCUUCUGCUGAACAGCAACCAGCUGACAGACCUCCACAACCAGAUACCGACGCUGCGCAGUCUGGUCGAACUGGAUCUCUCGCGGAACCAUAUCAAGCAGCUCGGCCGCGGCAUCAUAUUUCACAACAUCAGCAGGCUAAAGUUCUUGGAUUUGUCUCAUAACGAAUUCAAGACUCUAUUCAACGGCGUGUUUAGGGGCAUCGUGCACUUAGACACGCUUCUCAUGAACAACGUGCAAAUCAAGUUCAUUGAAGAGCGUGUUUUCGACGGCAUGCGUCAACUGCGUGUGCUGACUGUGGACCGCAACACCUUGCCCUCCAUCUAUCCCGAAUGGUUCCAAGACAUGCUCGCCCUUGAGAGCCUGUCCUUAUCGCACAAUCACAUCUCGUACGUGUACCCGCGCGUAUUCCUGCUACUUCAUCGGCUGCGCUACCUGUCGCUCGCUCACAACCGCAUUCGAGGCCUCAGCGAUCAGGCGUUCUUAGGCCUGGACAAUCUCACCACACUGCACCUCGACAGCAACCAGCUGACACGGGUGCCGGCCUCGGCCCUGCAGAAGUUGCAAGGCUUGCACACACUUCACAUUGGGAAAAACCCACUCACGGGGUUCCGUUCAGGCAAUUUUGUGGGCCUGCCGAUGGUCGAGCUGUUCGCAGACCACAUCCCCACGUUGACGGUGAUCGAGCGCGGCGCAUUCCGCGAGCUGCCUCGACUACAAGUGCUGCGCCUGCACGACAACGCCAGGCUGCAGUAUGUGGACGCUCAGGCGUUCGUCAAUGUUCCGUCCCUUAGCCAGCUGCUGCUUCACCGCGACAACAUCUCGGCGCUCAGCGAACAGCUCUUCCGUAACCUGUCUGCACCUGUGAAUGUUUCUCUGCGCGGCAACCCACUCCUGUGCGACUGUAACGUGCGCUGGGUGGUCGAGGCCGUGUCAGCCCUAUCAAACACGUCCGUUCGCUUUAUGCAACCAGAGGAACUAGCCUGCCACAAGCCGUCAUCAAUGGUCGGCCGCGGCCUCCUGAACAUAUCCCUGGACGAAGUACCGCCUGAGUGCCCACCAUUCCUCGUCGGCACUGUGAACAGCACAGUGCAACGAAAGAUCGGCGACGCGCAGGUGUUCCAGUGCUACGCCCUCGGCCUUCCCGAGCCCAAAGUGCGCUGGCUGCUCCCCAACGGUCGCGUCUGCAACGAGACCGGAAACGACGUGCACGUCCAGUUUAAGCCUCCGGGCAGUAUCACCAUCUACCACCUGAGGCCGGUAGACGUGGGAGCAUACACGUGCGUUGCUGAAAAUAGGCUCGGCCGCGUGAUCAAGGUGGUCGACCUGGUCGUCGAGAACAUCGACAUCCACAUCUUCCCACAAGGAAUACUCUCGACGUCGGUGACCGUAGUGUGGAACGGCACGGCACGCAACACAUUUCCCCAGUACGAGAUCCAGUACAAACCUGAUGACGGCAAGGACUCGCUGGCGGGCGCCAGCCCCAAGUCCGUGAGUAGCGCCGAAGAAGGACGAUUCGAGUCAGUGACCGUGAGCCGCUUCUACAGGUCGUACACGAUCAACAAUCUCCAGCCGGAGACCAGCUACGUGUUUUGCAUCGCAGUGAAGGACGACGAAGGUGAUGCGCACAUCCAGAUAUCGUGCACCCGCGCCCGAACCAGGGACGCAAGCUUCAUGCUCCAGGGCAUCCACUACACGAGCAACGUGGCCGUGGCCGUUGUGUUAGGCAUCGUGUCUACCGCGAUUCUCGUGCUCUGCGCGGCCACGAUGGCGGCACGCCGUUACAAGCACAGGCAGUACGAGACGCCGCAAAAGUCGCUCGUCAGCAAUACCGCGUCGCAGGUCGUGCCGCUAGAGAGUUUGUACAGUCCGCUUAUGGCAAACGUGGGCUCAUGAGGACCCGCACUGCGCGUCGUUUUGCGCAAGCAAGGUGUAAACGAGUCGCCUGGCGAACGCUCGACGCGCCCUUUUCUCGGUAAGAAGAGGCACGUGGACAGUCGAAAUGAAUUUGUGUAGCCUGCUACAACAACGCUGUCGUUCGCCCAUGCAACCGAGGUGGAACCAGAGAUAGAAGGCCUAGUUGAAACGUAAACACCUUUGAAACUAAAAAUAAGCGGGAAAUACGCAGCUACAUUAGGAAUCCACCUACUAACGCGACUGCCAGUUAUGUAUUUAAAGCAAUGCUCUACGUCAGCGUGGUAACGCACGGCGCAUGGACCUGCCAAGUUUUAAGAAGCGCCGAGUAAACGUAACGCCCGUGCCUCCGGGCAGCUCGCAUAGUUGAUGGCCAGAAAGAACUUUAGAACUUUUCUAGUACAUUUAGUGUUCCUGUUCAAAAUAAUUCCCGCUUUUCGAAUAUUAUGUUCUUCCUCGUAUUAGGUCGACUGCCACUGCGUCAAAAUCUCACUUUCUCACUUCCUACAAAUUUUUACGAACGCUAAUGCUCAAUGCGUCCGCGAAUAGUAGGAACAUUUCUAUGCGGGAAACUCGCGAGCCGACCUUAUUGUGUUGUUGUUGAAGCGUAAAUAUUGAGGGGAACUCAAGUGGCAAGUGUGUGCACUUUCUCGGGCGACUCUUUGCAAGAGCAAAACUGUUCACAACGCCGAAAGAGAAUGCAGCUCGACUAGACUACAAGUCCUCGUAGAGCGGGGACUAAGGGGAGAAAACAAAAACUCAACGACAUCAUCUAAAAGCAAAGUAUCGCCUCUCCUACACGCAAGUUAAUCGUAGCGCCUCUGUUUUCGCUGUUGCUUUUUCUUUCUUUUCUUUUUGCGUGUAGGCGAAGCCUCAAUCAUUGCCAUUGUUAGGAAAGCAGGGGCGGGUAGGAGGGCAAGAGGGGGAGGGCGCGCACGUGUCUCAGCUCCUUCGGUUUGCUAGCUCACCGCGAGUGCAAACAAAACGACACAAUUACGGCACCGCGCAGUUCCGCAGCGCCACUACUGAGCGUGCGCGCGCCUUCGUACUGCCGGUACUUGUACCAAGCUUCUUUGUAGCCUGCAAUAUAAAGUUAACAGUUGUUUCCUUUUUCGAAAGAAAUAUAUACGUACUGUUCUUGAACACAUACACACACACCUAUUACACCUACAAACAUUUCUUUUUUUUAUUCGCUUUCCUUUCUUUCGUGCUGAGCGAUAAGUUCUAACUCCCGUUAAAAAAAAAAGCUCGCAGCCAAUGCUCAAUUUGAUACAGCGUAUGGCACGAAUGAGAUGUUCGAGGCCUACGAGAGAAGUUUCGUCUCCCCGGCCUAAUAACCGUUGAUCGUGCUGUGUCACACACGCGCUGAUUUCAAGUACCGUCGCAGUUAAAGUUUGCCUACACCAGUGCGGCUGUCAUUUACGUACUGCCACGUUAAUUUUCUUCUAGAGAAUAGUCUGGGUGCCAGGGGUAAUAUUUGCGAGCUCUUACUCUGCGUAAACGCUCAACUAUCGAUUCAAGAAUUCAGUUUGAACAUUGAACGCGCAUUAUGGAUCGUAAGCAGCUCUCAAUAAUCCUUCAUAUAACAUUGAUAAUUAACUACAUCAAAGGACGUAUACAGUUGCAAUAUAUUCGUGAGUAAGGUGCUGUAGACAUUGCUUUCUUCUUUUGGCUUUGUUGUGCGACUUUCAUUUUUGGUUGUGGUAAUGUGGCUCAAGUACAGAAAUACGCACAUCUAUUAACAUUAGACAAUACAUAUACUAAACUAAAAAUUUAGACACACUACUCACCAAAAGACAAGCUGCCCAUCUAUACUUCAAUAAAGUUGUUUAUGAAAUGAAUGCUUCAGGUAAUAAAGUUUUGAUGGUUAUUCAAA